GAUCCUAAUGCUCAUGAAAAAUUCUUGAAAAUCACGAGAGCUUAUGAAGUGUUGAAAGAUGAUAAGCUACGGAAAAAGUUUGAUACAUAUGGUGAAGAUGGUUUGAAGGAAGAUUUCCAUGGUGGACACCACUAUGAAAGUUGGUCCUUUUACCAAGAUGAAUUUGGUAUAUAUGAUGAUGAUCCAGAGAUUAUAACAUUAAGUCUUUCUGAUUUUGAACAAUCUGUUGAGGGCACUGAAGAUAUUUGGUUCAUCAAUUAUUACUCACCUCAUUGCUCUCAUUGUCAUCAUUUGGCACCUGUGUGGCGUGAAGUUGCUCGACAACUUGAUGGCGUUUUACGAAUUGGUGCUGUGAAUUGUCAGGAUGACUGGAACUUGUGUCGUAUGCAAGAAAUUCGUUCCUAUCCAACCCUAAUGCUUUAUCCAAUAAAAAACAAGUACAAUGGUGAACGAAGCACUGAAGCUCUUAUCAAGUAUGCCUUGUCAAAUGUUCAGGCAAAUGUUUUCACAUUAUAUCCUUCCAACUUCAAGUCUGAAACAACUGAAAGGAAUCUUCCAUGGCUCAUAAACUAUUGCAGUGGUGAUGGAGAUUGCAUGUCUUCCAAUACUGAACUGAAAGUAGCUACCAUGUUGGAAAGUUUGGUGAAUGUUGGAACAGUCAAUUGUGAUAGACAUAGUUCCUUGUGUUCAAAAAUGGGAGCCAAUGAUGGUGUAUAUUUUUACAAAUUGGGAGAAGUGGAGAAAGGCAAAGGAAUGGUCAUUUCAAGUCUUGUAGCUCAAGAAGUUGCACAUGAAGUUUUAUUACAACUACCUGAUGUUACACUCUUGAAUGAAGAACAACUUCAGGAUAUCAGACAUGAAAAUCAAGAAAACACAGCAUGGAUUGUUCAUUUCUUUGAUAAAGAUGAAGGUAAUUUGGAAUUGAGAAAGAUUCCAAGCCUUCUUGAAGAUGAAAACAUUCAUGUUGGUCGUGUUGACUGUAGGAUUCUUCAGAAUGAAUGUCACCAGUUACAUAUUUUUAAAAUGCCAACUUUUGUCCUUUUCAAAUCAAGUGGUGGCCAUGAAAUAUAUUAUGGUCGUGCAAUUGCUCAUGAUGUAGCUGCUUUUGCUAAAGAGAGUGUGAAAGCUUCUUUAGAAGCACUUGGUCCUGGCGAUUUUCCUCAUCGGGUAGUAGAUAGUCAAGAUCCAUGGUUUGUUGAUUUUUUUGCGCCAUGGUGCCCUCCGUGUAUGCGGUUGCUGCCAGAAUUUAGAAAAGCAUCCAAAAGUUAUGGUAAAACAAUAUCUUUUGGUUCUGUUGACUGUACUGUACAUCAGGGCCUCUGCACUCAGUACAACAUUAGAUCUUAUCCAACCACUAUUUUUUACAAUAGAAGCACACCUCAUCAUUACCAUGGUCAACAUCGCGCACAAGAUAUCAUUGAUUUUAUUGAGGAUACUCUUCAUCCAUCUGUAGAACAACUGACUCCUGACAACUUUCAUUCCAAAGUUAAACAGCGUGGCCAAAAUGAAAUCUGGGUUGUCGAUUUCUUUGCUCCAUGGUGUGGCCCUUGUCAACAGUUGGCUCCUGAAUGGCGUAAGCUCUCUAAGAUGUUCAAAUCCAAUAAAAAUGUACAUAUCGCUGAUAUUGAUUGCAAAAAAUAUAGAUCUUUAUGUCAACAAGAAGGGGUACACUCUUAUCCCACGAUGCGCUUGUAUCCGUUAUCUAGAUCAUCAUUAUUCGAGUCGUACAAUGGCUGGAAUCGAGACGUGCAGUCAUUACAUGCGUGGAUCUAUGAAUUUCUUCCCAGUAAAGUUGUUACUCUUCGCUCAAGUAGUUUCCAUUCCAAAGUUAUUAAUUCCAAGCAACCUUGGAUUGUAGAUUUCUAUGCUUCUUGGUGUGGACAUUGUCAGAUAUUUAAACCUCAGUUUGAACAAGUUGCUGCUAAAUUAGAAGGCAUUGUUCAUGCUGGUAAAGUUGAUUGUGAAGUAGAAUUUCAUAUAUGCCAGCAAUAUGGAAUCUCAGCAUAUCCCUCAGUACGAUUAUUCACGGGUUCCAAACAUUAUAAGAAUGGUUAUGAUAUUGACAGUCAGGAUGCAGAGGAAAUUAUCGAUAUUGUAAACAGUAGAUUGCAAAAGAAAAAAUCUAAAAAACAUGAUGAAUUUUAAUUAAACUCGUGUAAGAAACAGUACACAGCCUUACAGUUGCUGAAAUGAAAUAACAACCAUUUUGAAAAAAAAUCCUGUAUUUGACUUUCUACGCAUUUUGGAGAUACCUUUUUGAACAUUGCAGCCUAUUUUACAAAAAUAAGUGAUGCAUAACAACAGUUCUGUUAUUUUUUUUCUCUUUAAAUCUCUAUAAUCAAGCUCUCUUUUAAAAUCUCAUAAGUUGUACUUAUGAGAUUUUUUUGUGACAUUAACUUUCAGGAUUUCUGUAGGGUAUUUUUCUACUGAAAUAACUUUCGGUGACUAUGUUCAUCCAUCCCUUAGCAAGGAGUUCCACAUGAACAAACUGGUGACUUUCAUUUUAUUUUUUUUUUAUGAUAAAAUAGAGAAAAAUUAAAUAUAUUAUUUAAGAAUUCAGAUACCCCAAACACAACUAAACAAACAUACAAACAAACAAACAAGAAACAAAAACAGAUAAGCAAAACAAAAAUGCUUCAAAUAUAUAUGUCCCAUUUAUUUUAUGACUGAAAGGAAAUGAAAUUUUGUGUGAAUGAGAAUUAAGUGUUUUGAGUUCAGUGUUCACUGAGAUUAUUUUUGAAGAACAUAAAAAAAGAAAAAGAAAUUGAUAAAAAACAUUUUAUAAAUUUACGUUGUUUUAUAUUUUUAAUUGUUUUCAUAUUUAAUGCUGCUGGAAGCUAUAUUCUUUGAUGCAGAAAUCUGUUGUUGGAUUUUGUAUGAAGUAUUCAAAGUAGAUUGGUGGAAUUGGUACAGCAUCUGACAAAAUGCUCUGCCAUAUUUAUAUUCAUCCCUCUACACAUUCUGAUUUCAAAUCCAAUCGUUGGCAGCUUUGCCUGUUAUCCUCUUGGGAUCAAUACAUACUAGUCAAAUACUGGGUCAAUGUAAUCAAUUCUUCCAUCCCUUUCACAAAAAGAUUUGGCCUUGUGCUUAAUUUACAAGUUUUAAUUAAUAGAUUAAUUUUUCUGUGUGUUUAAUGUUGACGCUGGAAAUUACUACAAUAAAUUUUUCUAUUUGUUUCCUAUACAUAGCAUUGAAAUCAAGUAAUGUGGGGAUGUGAUAACAUCUCCAUUUUACACGGCUCUGUGUCCAACUUUAAUGCCACCAUGUUCAAAACGCAGAUGGUGUUGUCUACCUAGUGUUUCUCUUGACAUUUUCAAAGACAGUUUCCAUCACUUAGUCUCAGAGUUUUUCAUUUGCAACCUGUAAAUCAGGUGAAAAAAAUAGCGAGCCUUCUCCCUCUGGAUAUUUGUUCAACAGCGAACAGAUUUGCAUGAUUCCUUAAUUUUCAACAGGAGUUUCAUGCUGAAAGUUUUGCAGUCAAAGAUGUUGCUGCUUUGACCAUUCCAUCCUUUUCUCAGGUAUAGUGUGCAUGUGUGUGUGUGUAUAUAUAUAUAUAAGAAAGAGAACCAUAUUACUUAUUGUAUUGACUUUUAAAAAAAAAUUCGAGUCAGUUUUGCUACUAUUUCUAGCAUUUUUUGAAGACUUCCUCAUUAGCUCUUAGUCAUGUCUAUUCAAAGUUAAGUGUUAAGUUACUGUAUUAUUUCACUAUUAGGCAUGUGUUUUAUUUUCAUUUAAAACCUGGUAGCCUUGAGCUAACUGCUAGGCUUAGAUUUAGAUUUUGAUAUUAGGUACUUGUUUCCUAACAGAAAUAACUAUAUUUGUUUACUUUCUUUGUCGGGUUAGUGAGAUAUUGUUUUGUUCACCGAGUUAUCCUUAAUUCAUCUUGUGUUUAUGCUGUUGCAUUACUAAUUAUUAAAUAAUCAAUGACUCACA